AUGGCCACACAUAGUGGUGCAUUUAUAGGCCUACCGGGAGGAUACGGGACAUUUGAAGAGGUUCUAGAGGUUGUGACAUGGAAUCAGUUGGGGAUACACUUAAAACCGGUCAUUGUGAUCAAUGCUCGAGGGUACUACGAGCCCCUAAAACUACUCAUUCAAAACGGUGUUCAAGAAGGAUUCAUCAAAUCUGCCAAUGCCUCCCUGGUUACGAUCCUUGAUCCUCCGGCGGACGGUGACUGGGGGAAGGCUUUAGUUCAGGUUCUAGGAACAUGGAAGCCAGACGAGACAGCUGGAUACAAAUGGAACUGGAGCCAGACCCAGGCUUCCAAGGAAGCAUAG